AGGAAAAAGAAAUAAGGUCCGGUGUGACGCUUCAGUUGGCAGUGGGCUAAAACUCAUUUGUUUGUGUAGGAGUGGGAAUUUCAGCAAAAACAAGAAUGGCAGCAUUUGGGAAGAAAGCAAUGGCCACAAAUCUCUUGAAAACCCUAACAUGUUCCAACUCCAGAUGUUUGAGCGGCGUUGGUAGCAGUGAGGUCAUCACCUCCCACACAUACAAAUGGAUGCAGGAUACUAGCAAGAAAUCUCCCAUGGAAUUGAUCAGUGAAGUUCCACCUAUUAAGGUUGAGGGCAGGAUUGCUGCCUGCGAAGGAGACACUAAUCCUGCUCUUGGACAUCCAAUUGAGUAUAUAUGUCUUGAUCUGGCUGAGCCUUCUGUAUGCAAGUACUGUGGUUUGCGCUAUACUCAAGAUCAUCACCGUUAGGGUUCCUGAAUUAAGAGUGUUCUUCAUUUUAUAUGUAAGCAGCUGUGUUUAUUGUGAUCCUUUGUACUACUGAUCUUAAUAAGGAUUAGGGUCCCGUGUGAUCCAAUUUUCUUAAAGCUGGUAUACAGAUGCUUUUCGCAAGUUCAUUUCUCUAUUUUGGACAUAGGCCCAUAGUAUAUGCUUGUUUUUAGCAUGACUGAUAUUAUAAUGCACAACUCUUGGGAGUCGUUUGGUACAUGAGAUAAGGAUAAUAUUCCCGUAAUAAGAUUUGUGCUUAACUUUAUAUCAUGUUUGGUUUGAGGCAUUAGCUAAUCUGGAGAUAACUUUUACACUAAAUGGUAGAGUUAGUUGUCCAUAUAGAAGGUGGGAUGACUAAUAAUCUCGUGAGAUAUCCUAGGAUAUCCCGCCGUUGUAAAAAACGACCCCUUACCAUACAUAAUGUUUUAGAAGGUAACACUAGAACUCUGCUGGUAUUCACCCGAGGCAAGGCACUAUAGAAAACGCCCUGCAGACUCUCAAAAUACUUUAAUUCACCCCCUCUCCUCUAGUACUGUAGUGGUAUAUAAAAUAAAUACAAAAUAAAUACACUCCAUCACCUGACUGAAUAUGAGAAGCACCAAUUGCACAGACAACGAGUUUGGUUGAAGAUAUUUCUGACAGGUGCUUAGGACAUAUUUAAAUCAUGACCUAAUCUCCAACAUUAAAGUAGGCUCCCCUUUGGGCCUAACGACUAAUGACUAAAGCCAUCAGGCUCGAUAAGCUUGACAGAGAUCGUCUAACAACUAGGAGUAUAAUUGAUAUGACAGCUCCCUAACAUAAUUAAUGACAUUAUCAAAUAAUCAAGAUUCACCAAAAAGUAUGUGGACCACAUCUACAGUACUAGGUGCAUCCUAAUUGGUAGUAUUAUCUCGGGGUGGCCCUACAAACUACGAAUGUGAACAAGACUGCAGGUCAAUUACCUAAGGUUAAGCAUUUGUUGAUGAGUUGGGAAACACUACAGAGCAUAUAAUUGCUCACGCUUGGAUUUCAUUUAACUCACAGAAAAAAAAAAAAAAAAAAAAAAAACAGUAGGGUCAAUGGAGGAUCAUCAACAUGAUUGAGUUGAACUAUUUAAUUUCACUCAUUCGCAUUUGCAUGGAGUAUGCAAUGACACGCC